UCAGCUCUUUCGCACCAAGAUGAGAACCACCAUUUUCUUUCUUCUUUUCUUGACACUUUUCUGUGUCAAUGCCGACGCAGCCACUUUUGAGAUCCGCAACAACUGCCCUUUCACUGUCUGGGCAGCCGCCGUACCGGGCGGCGGACGACGGCUUAACCGAAAUGAGGUAUGGUGGUUAUGGGUGAACCCUGGCACCACAGCCGCUCGUAUUUGGGCUCGAACCAACUGCAACUUCGACGGGUCCGGCCGCGGGAGAUGCCAAACUGGUGACUGCGGUGGCCUCCUCCAGUGCCGAGGCUACGGCGCUCCGCCGAACACCCUCGCCGAAUUUGCAUUGAACCAAUGGAACAAUUUGGACUUCUUUGACAUCUCUCUUGUUGACGGGUUCAACGUUCCAAUGGAGUUUAGUCCAACUUCGGGUGGGUGCAGGGGCAUUAGAUGCACUGGAGAUAUCAAUGGACAGUGCCCGAAUGAGCUAAGGGCUGCGGGAGGUUGUAACAACCCAUGUACCGUCUAUAGAAGCGACCAAUAUUGCUGCAACUCYGGCAACUGUGGGCCCACCGGCUACUCCCGAUUCUUCAAGGAUCGGUGUCGAGAUGCUUACAGCUACCCGAAGGACGAUCCAAGCAGCACGUUCACUUGCCCGGGCGGAGCCAACUAUAAGGUUGUUUUUUGCCCUUAGAACCAGAGGUACCCAUACAAUAUGGUACCAAUAAAAAUAAGGCCUAAUCUGCAGGGCCAGUAGAAACGGCAGCUUUUCCAUGAUGUUUUCACUUUUCAAUAUAUGCUAUGCUUACAGCUUAAUGUUUUCUAUUUUCAUGCUUCGUAAUCUAACCUAUUUACUAUA